AUGCAUUGUUCGUCUCCCAAAAUGGUUUGCGAGACUAAAAUCGUUGCAGAAGAACACGAGGCCAUAGCUGGGACCAAAAAAGAUUCAAUUAUAGUUUCCUCCGCGCAAAUGUGGACGUCUUCUUCGCCUUCUCCCAGUGCGCUCGAGAGUAAGGUUGAAAAACGGGACCAGGUUUUUAUUCGCGAGUUUGAACGUUCGGACCAUGAGGAGGUGCGCCGGAUCUUCAACGAGGGAAUCAUGGAGCGGAUACCCAAUUCGGCAUUUCGGGGUCUAAAACAGCAAACUAGAACCCAAUUUAUCUAUGCUUUACUCACAGGUAUUAUGUGCUAUUUUAUGACCAAAUCCUUCACACUGACCUUCUGCGCACCAUUUAUUCUAAUGGGUGCACGUUAUUACUACAGCAGAAAAGUCAUUCUCAACUACCUGGACUGUGCUCUGCACACUGAUAUGGCUGACAUUGAGGCAUAUUACAUGAAACCCACAGGCUCUUGUUUCUGGGUGGCAGUUCUGCAAGGCCAGGUUGUGGGCAUCGUGGCAGCGCAAGGCCGAGAAGAUGACAACACAUUGGAACUCCGUCGCAUGUCAGUGGACUCUCGCUUCCGUGGAAAAGGCAUCGCCAAGGCUCUGGGUCGACGUGUUUUAGAAUUUGCCAUGUUAAACAACUACUCGGCUGUGGUUCUGGGAACAACAGCAGUCAAGAUGGCUGCCCACAAGCUGUAUGAGUCGUUGGGUUUCCGGCGAGUGGGAGACACUGAGGACUACACGCUACCAGGGAUGACCCGUUCACUGCUGGAGAGGCUCUUCUUCCAGAUUCGCUACAGCCGGUAUCGAUUACAGCUUCAUGAAGAGUGAGAGACAGAGAGUUAACAUGAGUGCAGAAGAUAGAAUAUAAACGACAAUGCUUAUUCUACCUAUUUAUUUAUGUUUUUGGGCUUUUUUUUUAAGUCCUAUGUGUUCCUACAACCUUUAUUUUUAUUCAUUUUAAUUUGUAUUCUUAUUUUCAUGAUCAUUGUUUUUUAGCAGAACGUUUCAUUCCUUUGACCAGGACUUAUUCUUUCUUUUCAUGGUCAUCUUGCCCUGAAACACCAUGAACAAAUGAAUAGCCCCAAAUGAUUUUUUGAUUGGA